AUGAACAACGGGUACCAAAACCAGGCUGGUGGACAGAAGGAGGACUACCUCGACAAGGCGCUCGACUGGGCGGAGAAGAAGUGGGGAGGUUCAAAGGGCCAGAAUACGCAGCAGAAUCGUGCUACGAAUGAGAAGAUUACGGACGGCGCUCGAAACAUGUUCGAGAAGGCGACAGGGAAGAAGAUGCCUUCUAAGUUCUCGAACUAG